AUGGCACCAGAGCUGCUGUACAGCCUGCUGAGCGGUGCGGCCCUCACUGGGUGCUGGCUGGGCCUACGCAUUGGCAUGCUGCUGGGAGCAGCCGGAGGGGCGGCCGGUAGCCGCUGGUGGGCCGUGCUCGUUGGCAUGCUUAUUGGAGGUGUCAAGCGCUACGAACCAGCUGUGGUGACUCAAUUGCUGGAGUUCCUGUAUAGAUACAUGUCAGACAUCCUAGAAGAUGCACAGGCGUACAGCAAAUCACCACGCGGCAGCAUCAAGAUGGAGGAUGUCAUGCUUGCGAUCCAGUCCCAGGAGACCUUCCAAUUCGCCAAGCCACCUCCUCAGGAGGUGCUGAUGCAGCUGGCAGAGCGGCGCAAUGCGCAGCCGCUGCCAGAGCUGAAAAAUGUGUUUGGGCUGCGCCUGCCGCCAGAGGAGGACUGCCUGCUGGGCGCCAACUACCAGCUGGCUCGAGGGGCUGCGCCCAACGCACCUGCAGAGUCCAUGGACGUUGACAGCAGUGCUACAAUCUUGGGCAGGAAAUGCACAGCUUAG